GCCAGCGCAGCCCCACGCCCGGCCCCCCACCAUGGCGGACAGCGGGGCCUCGGCGCUGGAGAUCGGGGAGGCCGAUGCCAACUGGGCGCUGAUCAGAGACAAGGUGGUUGAGGAGCGCUUUGGCCCCGCCGUGGUGCCCGUGCCCUUCCUGGAGGACGCGGCGGCCUACGAGCUGCUGAGCGUGCUGGUGAGGAAGCCGGUGGGGGCGCGGCGGCUGCUGGGCCGGGCCCGGGCCCUGGUGCCGGUGGGGGCGCUGGCGCAGCUGGUGCAGCAGGGGCUGGAGCCGGGGGAGCUGGCGCGCGGCACGCGGGAAUACAGCGCCCGGGCGCGGGGCGAGGCGCACUACGAGGAGACGCGCCUGGUGGCCGGCGCCCCCUGCCACAUCCAGCUGCAGCUGGGCAGCCUGCACAAGAAGGUGGCCUUCCUGGCGCUGCGCCCCGACCUGCCCUGGCUCCGCGGCCUGCGCAGCCUCUACCUCCUGCACGAGGUCUUCUACUGCGGGGGGCUGGCGCUGGCCGUCGCGCGGGGGCCGAGCCGCCGCACCCUGCACCUGCCGGGGCCCCGGCCCCUCGCCUUCCGCUGCCUCAAGUUCGCCCUCGGCCCCCGCGGCCUCCUCGGCCCCCAGAAACCCCUGGGGCCCGCGCUGCCCGCCAGGGCGGCCUGGCUCAAGCUGCCAGCGCCGGAGCCCCCGGCCCCUCCCGCCGAGAGCAAGAGCAGCCCCCAGGGCCGGAGCCCCUUCGGCAGGGCCUCCAGGGCAGGGAAGUGGCCGUUCGCCAGGCGCCGCGCCCAGCCAGCCGCCCCCCGGCGCGGGGACCCCGACCGGCACGCCAUGUCCCUGCCCCUGCUGCCGAGCGCCGAGUCCGACAGCGACGGCUGA